AUGGCACUCACCCGCCCGCUCCCUCCGCUGUGGCAGACCCUGCUGCCCGGCCUCAAUGGCCCAAUGCGGCCUAUCCUCAACACGCCUUUCCUGCAACGCCUAUCACAGCCUUUCGGCGCAACCAACACACCAUUCGGCGCACUCGCGAUACCGUCACUUUCACUCCCCUCAAUACCGUCACUAUCCGAUAUCUGGGACGGCAUACUCAAUGCGGUGCCCAAGAAGAAGACGUCAUACCGCAAGAAGCGCCAACGGUUCAUGGCGGGCAAGGGCCUGAAGGACAUCACAUCGCUAAAUACAUGUUCUGGGUGUGGAAGAGUUAAGCGCCUGCACAUCUUGUGUCCAUACUGUGUGGAUGCCAUCAAGACCACCAUCUUCGGCCAGCUCAACUGGGCCAUCCGCCGACCGACCGACAAGCAAGCAAAGGUGAUGAAGAGGGAAAAGCGCGAAGAGGCGCAGCGAAUGCGGACGCUAGAGCCCGACCAAAGGAAGGCGAAGGAAGAGGCAGUAAUGAAACACACGGGCUGGAAGAGAUGA